AUGAACUUUUGUGAUUUUCCAAUUAGUAACUCAAAAGGAGUAUGUCAUAGGCAAAGAACUACAGAAUACGAAAAUAAUGGAAUAACUAAAUUUUUUUUAAAAGAUUUAAUAAAAGAAUCAUCACUAAAAAACAAUGAUAUUGCAUCAAAUCAAGUGCAAAAUAAUGAAAAUAAUUUUCAACAAAAUGAUAAAAAUCAAUCUUUUAAUGUUUCUUAUAUAUGGGAAACUGACACCAUAAGUGGACUAAGGUUCAUUAAUGUUUUAAAUAAGAAAGAUAAAAAAAAAUUAGGGUUUCAAUGUAUUUAUUGCAGAGAUAAACAGCUUUUUAAAAAAAAAAGUAGUGUAUUAUAUCAUAUGGUUACAUUUAACCAUGGCUUAAAAACAAGUGUUAUAGAAGAAUUAAAGAUUAAUGAGAGAAAUUCGGACGAUAGACUAGAUUUUAUCAAUAAUUUCAACGUAGAAAAACCUAUAACGAAAAAAAAGGAAAAUGAAGUUCAAAAAGAAUCUGUGAAUGAUUAUAAUUUAAUUAAACUUGAGAUAGAAUUUGUCUCAACUUUAAAUUUAUUAACACAUGAAGAAUUAAAGACACUAUUUCUUUUGUUUUUCCCUGAAGAUUUAUUGUCAGUUAAUGAAUAUAUGAAUAAAGAAAAUAUUAUUGAAAAUUUUUUAUUAAAUAUAAAUUCAAUUUCAAAAAAAUAUUCUGGAACUAUUAAAGAGACAUAUAAUUCGCAUAUCCUUAAUAAAGACGUAAAUCACAUUACACUAAAUGAAUAUUUGAAUGAAUUAAAAAACACAGCAAAAGCAGAAUAUAAUAUAAAAUGUGAUAAAAGUAUCGGAAGUCAAGUUAUCAUUAAUGAAUUAAUGAAUUGUGAAAAUAAAAUUUACGAAGAAAAGGACACUUAUGAAGGAGAUAAAAAAAUUGUAUCAGAGUCAGGAACAGAAAAUGAAAAUGUAGCAACCAAAGAUAUAGAAAAAAGUAAAAAAGUAAUACCAGAAGAAAAUAAAAAAGAAAUAAUAGAAGAUAAUAAAAAAGAAAUAAUAGAAGAUAAUAAAAAAGAAAUAAUAGAAGAUAAUAAAAAAGAAAUAAUAGAAGAUAAUAAAAAAGAAAUAAUAGAAAAUAAAAAAGAAAUAGUAGAAAAUAAAAAAGAAAUAAUAGAAGAAAAUAAAAAUAAUAUAAUAGAAAAAAGCCAAAAUAAUAUAAUAGAAAAUAAUAAUAAAAAAAAUAAAAAAGAAAUUAUCAAAUCAAAUGAAAAAAAUCAUAUAAUAAUAAAUAUAAACGAUUAUGAUAUUUUUAAACACAAUGAUAAGUUAUUCAUUAAUUUAACAGCACAUAAAGAAAAAGAAGAUAAUAAACAAAAUAUGGAAAAAGAAGCUUUUUUAAUAAUUAAUAAUUCUGCAAUUAAUAAUGAAAAUAAUGAUAUAGAAGUAAACUCAACUAGCAACCACUUAGAAAAUAUAAAUACUCAGAGAAAUACGAUCACUGAUCAUAGCAAAGAAAAUGUUAUAGGUGUUUUAUUAAAUAUGAAUAACAAAAUAAAAAAAAACAAAAAUAGAAAUGAAACUAAAAAAAAAAUUAUUACAAAUGUGCACAAAAAAUCGAGAAAAAAUGAAAAAAAUUCAUUACAUGAAAAACUAAAAAUAGAUAAUUUAGGCAAAAGAAGCUCAUUUCAAGAAACUUUAAUGGAAGAAAUUUCAAUUCAAGAAAAUUUUAUAAAAGAAAGUUCAAUAAAUGAAAAUUUAAUGGAAGAUAAUUUAAUUGAAAAUAAUUUAGAUAAGGAGAAUAAUAGUUUAAAUUUAAAUAAAAAAAAAUAUAUUUUAGAAAAUCAUAAGAAAAACUAUUAUAUAGAAAACUUCGAUAACAAUAUAAAUAAAUGUAUAAAUAGUGUAGAUAUAGAAACAAAUAAUAAUAGCGCAAAAGAUAAUUUAUGUAUUUAUAACAAUAACUUACCCUAUAUGAAAAACAAUGUAAAAGGUGAUGAUAUAAAUGAUAAUAAAAGUAAAAUAGAAAAUAAUCAUAUAAACAAUGCUGAAAGUACAAUUAAAAUUAAUGAAGUAAAUAAUACUGAAAAUAAUUUAAAUUUAAACGACUUUAAUUUAAAAAAUACAAAUGGUACAUCUGUAAGAAAGAUUAAUUAUGAAAAAAAAAACAUUAAUAAUAAUAAUAUAUUAGUAAAUCAUGAGAACAGUAAUUGUAUCUUAAGUAUGAAAGAAAUAAAAAAAAAAAGAACGAUAUCAAAUAAAAUACUAAAAGAAAAUGAAAAGCAAAAAAUAGAAUAUGGUAUUUUAUUUAGAAGAAAAAGAAACGUAAAAAGUACAUAUAGUACAAAAUUUUUAGAAGAAAAAAAAAUAAUGAACAUUAAGAAAAAGCACACAAAAAAAAUAAGAAAGAUUAAAAAACCAACAUACAUUAAUUAUGAAAAAAAUAUUUGUAAUUUUGUAGGUAAAAAAAAGAUACUAUCAACUAGAGAAAAACAUAAAAAAAAAAUGACAAACAAAUCAAAAAGGAAGAAAAUUGAAAAUAGCUGUACCUUUUUAAUUAAGGAAAUCAAGCAAUUAUGCAAUUUAUCUAAAGAAAACAUAAUUCAACAUAAUGAUGUAAAUUUAUUGUGCACACGUUCUUACCGACUAUCAAGAUAUGUAAAAAAAUGA